AUGGCUGGCCUAACGAAAGGAACGAGGGGCUCGAAGCACUACUUUCGUAGAAAAGAUGAGUUGAGCUUAAUAGAUGAAUGUGUGCUGUGGGGUAACAGAAUAGUCAUACCGCCAAAGUUGCGCAAGGAAAUAUGUAAUGAACUACAUCAAGGGCAUCUCGGUGUUGUAAAGAUGAAAUCGAUUGCAAGGAGCUACUGUUGGUGGCCAAGGAUGGAUCACGAUAUUGAAGCAUUAACAAAAGCAUACCCUGGUUGUCAGCUUAACAUGAAAGAACCGCCCAAAGCAUCCCUACACCCAUGGGAGUGGCCUGAGAAUGUUUAUGACCGCAUCCACAUUAAUUACGCAGGUCCUAUCGACGGAGUUAUGUAUUUAGUAGUUGUGGACGCUCACUCUAAGUGGCCAGAAGUGCUCGCUACUAAAGACACAUCCUCAACUAAAACCAUUAGUUUGCUAAGAAGUCUAUUUGCACGAUAUGGCCUGUGCAAAACGCUGGUAUCUGAUAAUGGAUCCCAAUUCACAUCACAGAGUUUGAAACAUUCCUGA